GGAAAGAAAAAACCUAAAUCACGGAAGAGAUUCUGCAGUCCUACUAGUUUGGCAAGUUCUCUGGACUCAAAGCAGCGUAGAAAGGCGGAGAAGAGGGCAGAAACUCAAAUUUGUGCACAUUUACACACUUCUCUUGUCCCGCAGACGGUAUACGAGGAGUCAUGGAGAAUGCCAUUCAGACCCUGGUGAAGGUCUUCCUGAAGUCGGGCAAGGGAAAGGAGAGUCUAGGAAAGAAAGAAUUCCAGACUCUUGUCAAGUCGCAGCUCAGCAACAUCCUCACGGACACAGACAGCAAUGAGGCGGUCAGCAACAUGGGAAAGGAACUGGAUGCAAACCAGGAUGGCAAGGUUGGCUUUGAGGAGUACAUGAAGCUGGUCGGCUACCUGGCGGUCUCGCUCAGCGAGCAGAAUGUCCUUGCCAAAGAAGAGCCAGCCCAGAAUUCUGCAUCCGGACAAGUGGCACAAAGCACCCCUGCCAAAGAGGAGGAGAAGCCAGAGGCAAAGGAGGAAGCAAAGCCAGAAGCAAAUGAAGAGCCGAAGGCAGAAGCAACUGCUGAAGUAAAGGUAGAACCAAGUGCAGAUGGAAAGGUGGAAGUAAAGGUAGAAGUAAAGGCAGAGGGAGAGACGCAGCCAAAGGAGGAACCGACAGCAGCAGCAGUAGUGGUGGCAGCAGCAGAGGCGGUGAAAGGAGAGGAGAAGGUGGAGGAAACAAAAAAGGUGGAGGAGGCUGCAGAGAAGCCAGCUGCAGCUGUGGAGGAAAACGCGGAGAAGAAGACAGAGGAGGCAACCUCAUAGGGGACAAUCCAUUCCUUCACAAACAAAAAAAUCACUCUACACAUUUACAUUAAACACUACAUAAAACAUAGCAUUAACAUUGCCAAAAUAAGUUUGUAAGCCACUAAAGUUUUUUUUAAAUGCACACAACUUUGAAAUACAAAAUGUAGGUAAAACCUUCAAACACUACAAACCUAGCUCUGAAGAAACCCCAAUCUUAAUGUAUGAGAAAUAAUACAUGUACAUGACAGUAGAAUUAUUGCUUUGUACUAGUGCUAGUUACCACUAUGUUCAUAUGUACAGCAUGUGCAUUCCACUAUUUAGCACAUUUACCUCAUCAUGAUAAUAUACUAUGAUUGCAUGCAGACGUACACUAUCAUGUGCAUGCCAUAUCCCUGUGAAACUUUACUGCAAAGUAUGAGUUCCCUGCACACGAGACCAAAGUGUCACUGCAUGUUAACACACCACUACAGACAAGAGGUUUCAUUUAAAUCCUGUCCUCUCUUCACUUUUGAUUCACUGUCUGGAUCUCUCCUUCCACAGUUGUGUCACGCAGCCCUAUAUUACUUGCUGUCCAGUCCUCCGAGUGAAAUAUCACUAAUAUACAAAUUGCUAGGUACUAAUGGCUUAAAGUAAUAGUUUGACAUUUUUGUGCUUAUUAGCUUUCUUGCCAAGAACACUGAUGAGACAAUCGACACCACUCUUAUAUGGUUUUAGCAUGUGAAGCUACAGCCAGAUUCGUUAGCUCAUCCUAGCAUAAAGACUGGAAAUACAGGGAAACCGCCACCCUGGCUCCAAAGGUGAACAGAAAACAAUCUAUUGGCACCUUUAAAGCUCACUGACUAAUAUGUUAUAUCUGGGCUGUUCAAUCUUGUUUGUACUUUGUUUUUUGUACAGAUUAAACAAACAUGAUAUAAUGUGUUAAUUAGUGAGCUCAAGAGCUGCUGGUAGGCAGACAGAGUCAGGAUAGCAGUUUCCGCUGGUUUUUAGCCUUAAUGCUAAGCUAAGCUAACUGGCUACUGAUAUAGCUUCAUAUUUACUGGACAGAUACGAGAGUGGUAUCAAUCUUCUCAUCUAACUCUUGGCAAGAAAGCAACUAAGUGUAAAUCUCAAAAUCUCGAACUAUUCCUGUAAUGGUUUCAUAAAAAUCUGUCAAUAACACUACAACUUUUUUUUUUUUACAUUCUCAUCUUUUAACUCACAGUGCUAUGGAGCUGAUUUGGCAUGACAAUAAACAAAUUGUUUUGCUGAAGCUUUGCAUUCAGCUCAUCUUAAUUGUGUACUCAAUUGUUCCCCAUCACACCUUCUUCCCUCUCUUUCAGUCUAAUUCAUGGGCUCUCUAUCGCUUUCUUUUUUUCUGUAAUUCCCAUAGAGGUUAACUUCAUCUGAAGUCUACAGUACAUUCUCCUCACUCAUAGUCAGCUAUGGAAUAGGAACUGGAAGAUCAGGCGUGGCCCUUGGCUAAAUAAUUAAGGUUCUAAGGCUGCAACCCACACCAAGGACCCUUACGGUCAAAAGGGAGCCCAAAAUAGUCCCACGGGAGUGGAAUGGUCACUGGAGGAGCACGUUAGAGAAGGUGUUCAUGCAACCUAAUCCUUCUGGAUUAGAACUGGUGGCAAAAAACAGGAUAACAAGAAGUAAAGAAACCCACAACAGGUGUGUCUGGCAAUUUUUAUCUAAAGUACCUUCUGAUACAGUACCUGUUAUUGUGUUUUCCAAACCACACUAUUGCGAUAGUCAUAUUCUACUUAUUGAUGCAUAAAGGUGCUGGACUGUAGAGUAUCUGGAGUAGCACUGGAUUGGAGUGACACAAAUUCGACCUCUUUUUUUUGAGGACCUGUUUAAAGUUGAUGAUUGUUGCUUGUUGUCUUCCACUGGUUUUAGCACCAGUUGUUCAGGCCUGGCUGUUUGUUUGUCGGUCACACCCUCAUACAGUUUAAAGACCCUGUUUGGCAUGCAACUGGAUCCUUGAGUCCCAGGCAUUGGGAAACUACUGGAUUAGGCAUUUGAUGGGUAACACACCCUGGGACACAAACAAUUACAUGAAAGUAAUCUCGGGCUCCACUGAUCCUGCCCAUCAGACGAAGUGGUGGUGUCAGAGGGAUCGUUGUCAGAGGUUGUGCUAAGUAAAAAAAAAAAUAUGCUGAGCCAUCAAUAUAAAUUUAUGUGGUGUGAUCUUUUAUAACAGGAUAAUAAUAAGAUGCUGCAUGCUAUCAGAAGCGUAUUUGCUAAAUACUACUAUUGUACUACCAUUAUUGUGGCCAUUAUUUAAGUUCCACAUGGCCUCUUUAUAUUUUUAACCUAAUUCUUUUUUGUUUGGACCACUAUGGAGAUCACUUGAAAAUGUAGUUACAUGCAAUUUGUUAAUUACAAUUUAAUGAUUUGUAAAUUGUCUCAUCAUAAAUAAUGCAGCCAUGAGAAAAAGGUUCGUGUUGCAGGCUUGCUAUAUUAUCGGUCUACCUGGCCAGCCACGUAGUGCUCAAGGCACACACGUUUAUGGCACUCUACCAAAUGUGCACCUUAUGCACUGUAACAGCACCAGGCACUCCAAACUGCUUGGCAGCAAAAUGGGCAAGACAAACAAACCGAGUCAUGUGGUCACCCUGUCUCACUGUGACACUCCCAUUGUAAAUACUCUCAUUUACACUCACUCUGCUCAGCCUUUAUACUCACACAGUAGUACACUAUGUUUCCUGCAUGAUCUAUUUACUAACAAACUUCUUAAUACAUUUUGGGUUAUUUAGACUAUAUUAUUAUUUCUUUUAUUAAAACCCAUAUUCUUUUUUUUUGUAUCAAAACAUUUUCUAUUAAUGGUACUUCCUGUGAACAAUGGAAACAUAUCACUCUCUUGCACCAUCUACAGCCAGUUUCCUGUUUAACAUGUAGUUAGGCCUCAGGCACUUGCAUCUUUUGUAUAUAUAUACAUAUAUAUGUAUACACACCACAGGCCAGGUGUUUAAUCAUACUGCAAUUCAUUUUAAUUAUUUUUAAAAUGUGAUCUGUUUUCUUUCUUUGCUCUCAGCCAAUCAUCUUAAGCCAACUUGUGGUAAGAAGAAACUGGAUCAAGCAAAAUUAACUUUACUGGUGUAUUGAAAUGACUUGACUUGCACUACCAACAGAUUCCUGGAUUUAGCGUGAACAGACCUGGGUUAAACGUCAUCUGGAAAUUAUUUUAUCUCAGUUAAUGCUUUCUUUUAAUCUAUUUGGAAUAGCAGAUGGACAGAGUGAGCUGUGAGCGCUAACCUUCUUUCAGAGAGGUUGAACUGUCUGCACUGGCAGUUUUGUUACUGUCCCAUGGUGUAAACCCCACCCAACCUUAAGUCCACGUAGAUUAAAAACAUGCUGGAACCAAACACAGCAGAUUUGCAGCAGGGAGUAUUUGACGCCAGAUUUUCAUUGCCACACAAUAAGUCUCUUUCACUGAGACACAGUAGAUGAAGAUAAAGGCCUGUGUUAAGAAUCCUCCCAGUAGAUAUGAUAAGUGUACAUACAAGUAUAUGGAUGUGCUUUUAAAGCUCAUUGGGUCAAAAUGUUUGUGAUUAUGGGACCAUUGCCAGGAUAUUGUGCAGGUUUUCACACGUUUCACGUUGAUGUGCUCUGUUUAUUUCCUGCCAAGUAUUAGAGGGUUUGUGUGUUUAGCAGUUGGACUAAUUUCAGUCCACUGUCAAAUCUAGUAAACUCCACUAUGCUAGUAUUUCAACUUCACAUGUAAUGCUGUAUCAUUUUUGCUUUUUCUAUGUGACAUGUAAUGGCUAAUAUUGAAUAAAACUGUGACGAUAACA